AUGAAAGAAAUGUCAGCAACGACAUACGAUACUGAUGAUGUCUCUGUUUCUUUAACCAAGAAGAGGAAGAUUUAUGAAGAAACUCAUGUUGCUGCAAGAAAGAAGGUGUGUGUAGAGAGAAGUUGGGGUUACUCUUUGGAUUUGAUGCUUUAUGAUGACCCUUGGAAGAUCAAGAAAGUCCUUAAUGGCAGUGAUCUUGGCAACAUGAGCAGGCUCUUGCUCCCUAAAGAUUUUGCUGAGAAUUUGGUGGUGCCGGUGUUGGAUGGAGACGUUGAAAGAGGUGUUCAAGUUGAGAUUUGGGAUGUAGACACUGCCUCCAUUCAUUCUUUAAUUUUCAAGAAAUGGGUUUCUUCAAGAAGCUAUGUUUUCAUUGGAAAUUGGGUUAAAGAUUUUGUAUCAAGGAGAGGCUUAAAGAAAGGGGAUGAGAUUGGCCUUCAUUGGGAUCCAUACAAAAAUCGCUUUAAUUUUUCUGUUCUUGAUGCCUUUUACGAUUGA